CAUAGGCCCGUCAGUAUGUUGUAAGCUAAAUACUCUAUUCGCAAGACACCGCAAAGGAAGCAAUGAGGUAUAUCUGGUAUCACCAUGAGGUUGCUCCUCAUUGCAGCAGUGUUGUUGGCUCCCAUCACAAAUGCUGCUGAGAAGAUUACUUGGGAUGUGCUCAUUUUCACCCAGCAGUGGCCCAUCACCAGUUGCAUUAGUCACAAGGAGCAUCAGCAUGGUUCCUCAUGCAACCUCUUCCCCAACAUGACCUCUUGGACUGUUCAUGGACUCUGGCCAACCACACUGGGAACCAUUGGUCCAAUUUGCAAUAAAACAUGGCAUUUCCAUGAAAAGGAAAUAAUUGACAUUGAGCCCUAUCUAAUCAAGUACUGGGGCAACAUAUAUGCUGAGGAUUCCCGCACCUCACUGUGGAAGCACGAGUGGCUGAAGCACGGCACAUGUGCUGCUCAGCUGCCACAAUUAAAUACUCAGAAGAAAUAUUUUGAGAAAGGGCUGGAGUGGGUGGUGCGGUAUGAUAUUCUUGCCGUCCUCACUAAGAACAACAUCAUGCCAUCUGAUUUGGAGACACAUUCGGUCAAGAACAUCUUUCAAGCUGUCAAAGAUGCAUUUGGAGUCAAUCCAGCCAUCGAUUGUAUUUAUGAUAAAAAUACUAGACAGAACAUUCUGUCCCAGAUAAAACUCUGCUUUGACCCGUCACUGAAAUUAGUUGACUGUGAUGGCAUUAUUGGCUUUGGGACCCAUCAACUAGGUAAUUGUCCGUCAAAAGGCAUCACCUACCCAGCCACUGUCAGCAAUGGUGACAAGACUUAUAAUUACCCCAAGAAGCUUGCAGUGGCUCACACCCGUGCCUGGGAUGAGGCCAACUCCCGCUGCAAUUCAUGGAUUUGCCGUGCUCUUGUCUAUGUUUAUGUCCUUACGUGGAUGACUCUUUAAAAUUUGUGAACAAACACAAAAAGUGAAAAACAUCCAGAUAUUGUUGAAUUUUAUAAUUUAGUGAAAAACAUUCAGAUAUUCUAGAAUGUUAUAAUUUAUGCUGAAAUUGUUUGUUAAAUGAACAUUUGUUUCUUCUGCAGGGUGUACAUAGUCACCCUCCAUAAGGUUAUACUCACUUUACCUUUUUAACUUAUAAUAUAUAUAUAUAUAUAUAUAUAUAUAUAUAUAUAUAUAUAUAUAUAUAUAUAUAUAUAUAUAUAUAUAUUUAUAUUUAUAUACCUGUUUUAAGAUUUCAUAUUUAAAGAACACUUGUGAUGUAUUUUCUUCAAAUGUUAUUAAGAAAGUGGUGAAGAGAUGGUUCCUUACUACGUGGAACAAGUUUUCUACUCUUAUUUUUAGCUAUAGUGACAUGUCAACUCAAGGGAUUUUAGCGAGCAAAUAUCAUAGGCCAAAAGUCAUGAUGUGUCAAUUAAGCCACACCUUUCUCAACCCACAAUUGUGUUCCCAUCAUACUCAAUGUGGGGGAGGGUUCAUAAAAGCAGCACUUGUAUAUCAAUUUAUGCCUUUAAUUAAGAUCUAUAACUCUGUGUGAGAUUUGUGGCACUUUAAAGAUGGUGGUUGUGUAUCACUGUGCUGGUCCUUGUGUGAUCCUUGGUGUGUCACUAUUCAAUGCACGCUUUACUUCCAGAUAGCAGUUAAUCCAUUUUCUAGUGAUGGCCAGAUUAUUUGUUAUGUUGUGCAAUUGAGAGCCUGUUUAUAUGUAAAACGGUGAAAUACUGGUAUUGAUAAAAUAGAACUGACAUUUGCAUAUUGCAGCUUACUGAUAAUUAUACUGUUUUGUAUGUAAAGAGAAUUAAAUGAGAUAGUAAUUAUAUCUCAAGUCAGGGAGUGAAAACCAUAAAAGCAUCUCUGGGUAGAUAGUACUAACAGGAUUGCUUUCAAAGUUUUGCUGAACAUUUAGCUGCAUAUUUUUACAUAAUUCUAAGAUGCAAUGUUUGUAUUACCACCAGGUUUCUGUAAAUUGUUUGAAAAAAUUAAUAAAUAAUAGAAUACAAUGGUG